ACACAAUUCUAGCCUCGUAGCACAAAACAAAAUCUUGUACUCUUCCCCCAUUCAAUCUACUCCAUUCAUAUUUCUCCACCCUUGAGGCUCUUGGACCUUUUUCAACUCAACUACAUCACACACAUUUAAAUGGGCACGGAAGGUUCCGGUGAAGGGUACUUGAAGAAGCACUUCCACCACCAUCAGCACCACCACUCUGACACCGAGGUAAUGAGCACCGAGAAGCUGGCAUUCAGCGGGCCGCUGAACCAGCGUGGUGGCAGAAAGAGUGCAAGGUUUAGCAGCAACCCUGAUGAUGAUUAUGUCGAGGUCACUAUCGAUGUUCGAGAUGAUUCACUGGCGGUUCACAGUGUCAAGACUGCUGGUGGGGGUGAGCUGGAAGAUCAGGAGCUUACUUUGUUGGCCAGGGGGUUGGAGAAGAAGUCCUCUUUCGGAUCUUCGGUUGUGAGGAAUGCUUCUACUAAGAUCAGGCAGGUUUCGCAGGAGCUCAAGCGUUUGGCUUCGCUGACUAAGAGAUCACAUGCUGGAAAGCUGGACAGGAGUAAAUCUGCAGCGGCUCAUGCUCUUAAGGGUCUGAAGUUUAUUAGCAAGACUGAUGGGGGUGCUGGUUGGGCCGCGGUGGAGAAGCGGUUUGAUGAACUCACCUCCGCCACUACUGGAUUGCUGCCCCGGGCGCUCUUUGGGCAAUGCAUAGGGAUGAAUAAGGAGUCUAAAGAGUUUGCUGGAGAGCUUUUUGAUGCACUGACCCGGAGGAGGAACAUUACGGGAGAAUUGAUCAACAAAGCAGAGUUGAAAGAGUUCUGGGAACAAAUUUCUGAUCAAAGUUUUGACUCCAGGCUUCGAACUUUCUUUGAUAUGGUUGAUAAAGAUGCGGAUGGACGAAUAACAGAGGAAGAGGUCAGAGAGAUUAUCAGCCUCAGCGCCUCUGCAAACAAACUGUCGAAUAUCCAAAAACAAGCAGAUGAAUACGCAGCACUGAUCAUGGAAGAGUUAGACCCAGACAAUGUCGGUUACAUCAUGAUAGAAAACUUGGAGAUGCUUUUGUUACAAGUUCCAAACCAACCAGUUAGAGGAGGUGAAAGCAAACUUUUAAGCCAGAUGCUAAGCCAAAAGCUCAAGCCUACACAUGAUCAUAAUAUAGUUCGGAGAAGUAUUAGAGAUUUCAAGUACUUUUUGCUAGAUAAUUGGAAAAGAGUUUGGGUAUUGGCGCUAUGGAUAGGAGUGAUGGCUGGUUUAUUUACUUACAAGUAUGUGCAGUACAAAAACAGAGCAGCGUAUGAAGUGAUUGGCUUUUGUGUUUGUUUAGCCAAGGGUGCAGCUGAGACACUUAAGUUAAACAUGGCUCUAAUAUUACUGCCAGUUUGUCGGAACACUAUCACUUGGCUAAGGAACAAAACCAAACUGGGCAUGGCUGUUCCAUUCGACGACAACCUCAAUUUCCAUAAAGUUAUAGCAGUUGGAAUUGCGAUCGGUGUCGGGGUUCAUGCAAUUUCCCAUUUAGCUUGCGACUUUCCUCGCCUUCUCCACGCAAGUGAGGAGAAGUAUGAGUUAAUGAAGCCAUUCUUCGGGGAAGAUCAACCUACAAGCUACUGGCAUUUUGUAAAGGAAAUAGAAGGGGUUACUGGGAUUAUAAUGGUAGUGUUGAUGACUAUAGCCUUCACGCUCGCUACCCCUUGGUUAAGGCGAGGCAGACUAAACCUACCUAACUUUUUGAAAAAGUUCACUGGAUUCAAUGCCUUCUGGUAUUCCCAUCACCUUUUCGUGAUAGUUUACACUCUGCUUAUAAUCCACGGUAUUAGACUUUACUUGACCCACGAAUGGUACAAGAAAACGACCUGGAUGUAUUUGGCAGUUCCUGUCACACUUUACGCAGGUGAGAGAUUAGUAAGGGUAUUUAGAUCGAGCAUCAAGCCUGUCAAGAUACUUAAGGUGGCGGUUUAUCCCGGAAAUGUUUUGGCCAUUCACAUGUCAAAGCCUCAGGGAUUCAGAUACAAGAGCGGGCAAUACAUGUUUGUCAAUUGUGCAGCCGUUUCACCAUUUGAAUGGCAUCCGUUUUCCAUUACAUCUGCCCCUGGAGACGACUAUUUAAGUGUUCAUAUUCGAACUCUUGGUGACUGGACACGACAACUUAAGACUGUUUUCUCAGAGGUAUGCCAACCACCACCUACAGGGAAAAGUGGACUUCUAAGAGCGGACCACAUUCAGGGAGAAAACAAUCCCAACUUUCCUAGAGUCUUGAUUGAUGGACCAUAUGGGGCACCAGCGCAAGACUACAAAAAAUAUGAUGUGGUUCUGCUGGUAGGGUUAGGAAUAGGGGCAACACCAAUGAUCAGCAUUGUAAAAGACAUAGUGAACAACAUGAAAGACAUGGAGGAAGAUGAAACUGCCUUAGAGGAUGGGACAACAAGUAGUAUUGCUAACAACAAUCCAUUAACAACGGCUAGUUCACCAAAUAGCUCGAAAGGAAGAUCAGGGUCUGUAAGUGGUAACCAAUUCAAAACAAGGAAGGCUUACUUUUAUUGGGUUACUAGGGAACAAGGCUCAUUUGACUGGUUCAAAGGGGUUAUGAAUGAGGUUGCUGAAACUGAUAAAAAUGGAGUAAUAGAAAUGCAUAACUACUGCACUAGUGUCUAUGAAGAAGGGGAUGCUAGAUCAGCUCUCAUUACUAUGCUUCAGUCAAUCAAUCAUGCCAAGAAUGGUGUUGAUGUUGUGUCCGGCACUCGGGUCAAGUCACACUUCGCAAAGCCUAAUUGGCGUAAUGUCUACAAACGGAUUGCUCUCAACCAUACAAACAGCCGAAUUGGUGUAUUUUAUUGUGGGGCUCCACCACCUGUGAAAGAGUUGAGACAGCUAGCCGCAGAUUUCUCACACAAGACCUCCACCAAAUUUGAUUUUCACAAAGAGAACUUCUGAUUAAUGUGGAAUUAAAGGAGUUGAACACCAAAGUAUUAGAUUUGGCAUGCUCCCUACCAUUAAUUUUAGAACACACACUAUCCCAGUUCACUGUGCUAGUUGUAAAUCGUAAGUUCUUGUUGAAAAUAAAUAGAAAGCUAUGGCAAUGCUUGACUGAGAGGUGGGAUGGUGGACAAAAAGGUGGCCGACAUAUUUCUAUAUUCAAUCGGAAGGGACCAGUUAUCAUACUUAUAUCUGAGAUGGUAUCAGCAUAAGAAAUAACAGAGGUCUAUCAUUGCUGCAAUAUAGGCAGCGGUCCAUGGUAUUUGUCGUCUUUGUGUUCCCUCGUUUCAGAUAUAGGUAGAUAGAUAGUUAUAAGAUAUAGAUAGUAGAUAAUCAACUGAAUUGUUGUUUUUGGUUGGAAUAAAUGAUAUAUUGAUAUAAGGUAAAGAAAUAUUGUAAAGAAAAUUGAAGGUCGAGGAGAAAUUUGAAAAGAAGAGUGAGAAUUGCAAAAAUGAGCAUUGAUCUCAAAUUUUAUUGGGAUCAAACUCUAGUUUUAAUUAAUUAUUUAAUUUGUUUUAUUUUAGUGAUUUUUAUUCA